CUUGGCCUAAGUGGGGCCCGCGGGCCAGACCAGCGCCCGCCUAGGAGGGACCCCGCCAUGGCGGGGGGCCGCGGGCCCAUGAACAGCGAGGCCCCUGGGACGCUGGCCGUGGGGAGAGUGAAAUUCUUCGACCGGCACCGCGGGGAGGUCAACUCCUCUGCCUUCUCUCCCGAUGGCCAGAGGCUGCUCACAGCCUCCGAGGACGGUUGUGUGUAUGGCUGGGAGACCCAGAGCGGGCGGCUGCUGUGGAGACUGGGUGGCCAUACAGGCCCCGUUAAGUUCUGCCGAUUUUCCCCUGAUGGCCGCCUGUUCGCCAGCACCUCUUGUGACUGUACCAUCCGCCUGUGGGAUGUAGCAGAAACCAAGUGUCUGCAGGUCCUAAAAGGUCACCAGCGGAGUGUGGAGACUGUCAGCUUCAGCCAUGACUCAAAGCAGCUGGCAUCAGGUGGCUGGGACAAGACGGUGAUGCUCUGGGAGGUGCAGUCAGGCCAGGUGCUGCGCCACUUAGUGGGACACCGAGACUCUGUCCAGAGCAGUGACUUCGCACCCAGCUCCGACUGCCUGGCCACUGGCUCCUGGGAUUCUACCAUCCGAAUGUGGGACCUUAGGGCCAGGACCCCAGCGUUCUUCCACCAGGAGCUGGAGGGCCACAGUGGCAACAUCAGCUGUCUGUGCUACUCGGCAUCUGGCCUACUGGCAUCCGGCUCCUGGGACAAGACCAUCCACAUCUGGAAGCCCUCAACCAGAAGCCUGCUUGUCCAGCUCAAGGGCCACAUCACCUGGGUGAAGAGCAUAGCUUUCUCCCCUGAUGGGCUGCAGCUGGCAAGUGCUGGCUACUCCCACACGGUCAAAGUAUGGGACUGCAACAGCGGAAAGUGCAUUGAGACCCUGAAGGGAGUCCUGGAUGUGGCCCACGCAUGUGCCUUUACCCCAGAUGGGAAACUCUUGGUGUCUGGAGCUGCUGAUCAGUCAAGACGCCAAGCCCGCUGCAAAUCACCCAGAGCUGGUUGAACAUAACAUCACCAUAUAUGGCUCUCAGACCUUCCACCCCUGCCUCUCCCUAUCCAGGGGACACAGGGUUUGGUGAAAGGACAGGCAGGGACUGCCAUAGCCCCACACCAGGGCAGCUAACAGCGGCAGGCCAGCCUGCUGGGAAUCAUCAGAUGCCUGGUGACCAUAACCAAGCCACACCAUCUGUCAAGCAGUUAGCUUAAACACCUAUAAACACAAAGCAACAUCA